CUUAAAGAUGUUUUUAAAAAGAUAUACAUGUUAUCUAGGCUGACAUAAUUAUGCGAUUUCAGAACAAAUGCAAAGGAGACUACGGGCCAUACGAGAUUCAAAAGAGGAGUAAUACAUCUUUAUAAUAUGGUAGUAUGCGCUACGGGAUGUAAUCCUUUAGCUUACAAAGGAUAUGGUUGCUACUGCGGAUUCUUGGGAUCCGGUUACGUCAUCGAUGGUAUCGACCAAUGCUGCAAAAUGCACGACUGGUGUUACGAUGCUACAGAAUGUCCUAUGUUCUCGGAAUACUUUAUACCAUAUUAUUGGAAAUGUUAUCGCGGUUAUAAACCUGUUUGUGCGGCUGAGCAUGGCAGUUGGGGCGGAUCAGGAUCUUGUGCUCAACGUUUAUGCGAAUGCGAUCGUUCGUUAGCUGAGUGUCUGAAAAGAUAUCCUUGCCCUACUACCAAAGCAGUUUGUACUUCGUCACCAUGGAGACUUGUGCAGAAUCUUUUCAUGAUUAUAUAAACGUAUUUUACAAUAAGAGUAAUUCAUAAAAAAUAUUGUUUUUUAAAAAUAGCAUUGAUCACGUUUAGAAACAAAAAAUUCGCUUUACUUUGUAAGAUUUAACUUUCGAGAAAUGACUCGCAAUAUCUUAAAUUCAUGACUUAUACAUAUGUUAAAAAAUUCUAUUCUUACACAGCACACUUUCUUAGGCUAGAACGUUCUCUGGAUGUCUUUAGAAUGUCCUUUAGAAAUAUGUUGUAUGAGUAAAGGCCGAUAAAAUUCGGAUACCAAAGAAAGUACUGAUUAUUCUUACAAAUUACACAUCUUUAGAGAUAUGUAAGAGGUCACGCUACAAUCAACAACGAUUAUAAUCAUAUUGUAGUAUUUAU